CCUGCAGCAGCGAUGGAGGGCAAGGAGGAGGACGUGCGGCUCGGGGCGAACAAGUACUCGGAGCGUCAGCCCAUCGGCACGGCGGCGCAGGGGUCCGAGGACAAGGACUACAAGGAGCCCCCGCCGGCGCCGCUGUUCGAGCCCGGCGAGCUCAAGUCCUGGUCCUUCUACCGCGCCGGCAUCGCCGAGUUCAUGGCCACCUUCCUCUUCCUCUACGUCACCAUCCUCACCGUGAUGGGCUACAGCGGCGCCACCUCCAAGUGCGCCACCGUCGGCAUCUAGGGCAUCGCGGUUCCG